CCACAAAUUCAAUUCCAAGAAAAAAAUGUUCUUUUUUUUUAAAUUUCGUUGAAGAAAUAAACUUAACAAUCAUCAGCGGAUGAGACUUUUGUCACUCAGAUGUAAUCGCGCGGAUGUAAAGUUGCAUGAUGUAGAGACUGGAGAGCAGCCAUUUUCACAUCCAUUCUCACUGGAAAAUGGAAAUAAGCAGACGACAGUCUGACAAACUUGUUUUGGUUGUUGUUGUCUUGUUGCCCUUUUUGGGCUGAAACGUCAUGUGCAUACUAAUUUUUCUACAUUGGAAACAUUUGAAGAAAGAACAAUGCUCUAUUGAUGAAUAAGCAAAUGCUACUGAAUAUUCAUAAACAAGUAAAGAAGAAUUACCAAGUUUUUCAUGGGACGUACAACGGUACAAAGGGAAACAACUAAACAAGUAGCUGCUGGCUAAUAUAUGAAUUGCAACAACACUGGAAGAGGAGGAGCAGCCACAGCUAUUCUUCCAAGAUGAGUAUAACCUUAAAAUUUAUGUAAUAAAUUGAAAUUUUCUAAAAACCAGAAUUCAAGUUAAACCUUUUUUAAAAUGCAAUUAUGCAGGCAAGACACUUCUGUACUACACACUGCACUUUGAUGAAUCCAAAAUCCAACUGCUGAACACAAGUUGAGGAAGUGAAGGUCGCUAUUAUUUAUACUAUGGUACUUCAGGUGAAAUACGGUGACUCUUAAGAUACAUUUUAAGUACCCGUAUUCAUAGCUUUUGAUUAUUCCAUCUGAAAUUAUAGAAUUCAUUUGAAUGGUUUAGCUUCAGAAGUAGACACCACCAAACCCAUCCUUUUCAAGAUGAUGUGAAAUGUAUAAUUAAGGGUUGAUUGAAUAUACAUGUAAUGCUCACCAAGUUGCAUGCAAAUAACGUGAAACGUUGAUUGGGGUGCUGUGUGUCCGAUCAAGAAAAAGAUUUAAAAAAUGGCGAGAAAAGUCAAACGAAAACGUGUGGAGAAUAAGUUAAGUGUGGAACUGGAAAUCGGCGUCACACUAUUUGGGUAAUCACACGCGAUUGGCCAUCUACUCUGCUUUCAUCUUUUCUUUUUCUCAUCUCAGGUGCCUCUCCACCCUGGGUGUUCCCCCAAAGAACUCUUGCUGUUUCAUCAUCCUCCAAACAACUUUGCGAUUGCUGGAGUUUUACAUAUAUAAUUGGUUCGCUUCUUUUCCCGUCUACUUGCUGGUACGUUUGGUGACUUGCCCAUACUUUGGGAUCUCGCAGUAUAAAAGGUCUUCGACUGAUCUCCAAUCGGCAUCUUAGUACUUGAGCAAUCGUUAAACAAUCAACAGCAACAUGAGUCGUCCUAUCCUGCUGAGCCUUUGUGUCCUGUUGGCCAUUUUGACUUUGACCAGCGCUGUUCCAGCCAACCGUCGUGAACGUGAUGUUGAAAUCGACAAACUCUUUGCUGAGAUGUUUCCAUCUUCUGCCACCACCCAAGCCCCCGUCGAGAUAGGAUUGCUCCUUGGCCAAAUGGAAACCGAAUUCCAAAACCCUGGCUUCAAUGGUGACUUGGACAAGUACAACAACUUCGGCCCAGCUGGAUUUCUAAGAAUCGGACCAGUAUACUCCGGCGGCCCUUUCAAAAGAUGGUUUUAUUAGUUGCACUAAUUCAACGAUUUUGACAGUGUAACGCUAACCGUAGUUUUCCUGACAUUACAUUAACGUGGAACAACUUUGUAAGUUCCAUAAUGAGAUUUUUACGGAAUAAACAUUUUUUUUCCCCGCAUAA